AUGUGGUCGCGGUCGCGGCCGGGCGGUCGCCCCCGGGGCGGCAACUUUGGGCUUGUGCUUUCGGCGGGCAUCUGGUCCGCGGCCCGCACGCACGCCAGGAUAUUAACGCCGGAAAAAGCUAUAUCCUCCUCCUUUCCGGCCACCAGUACGGCACUCGAGCGCGGACGCAAGAGCGGCCGCAAUGUAGUGUCGCUGGAGGUGCAGGAGGAAGGCGGUGCAGGGGGAAAGAAACACGGUCUCUCGUCGCACGUCGCGGGGGGAGAAGGAGAUGCCAGCGCUGGUGCGGGUUCACCACCAGUAGGAGGUUCGCAGGCUCAAGCUGCGGUUGCGCAACCCCUCGCAAGUAGUACGAACGAAGACGUUGAUCUCCUACAACAGCUUGACACGCCACUGACAGACACCAGCAGUGCAUUCGACGGAGACGAAGCCGCUUUUGUGGAACUGCCCGCCUCUGAAGGAGGUCGUGGCAGUGCAGGUCCGCUGAAGGAGGACCAGCAGCAGCGAACGAGUAGAAUCUUGCAAGUGCAACUGACGCGAGAAGGUACAAAUCAUGGAAACAAGCUUCCGAAUGAAAUCGAGUUACUCGAGCAGAAUCAUAGGCAGCAGACUGCGGCUGAUGUUGGGGGAAGCCCAGAUGUUGACCAGAGCAACUUCGUCGUUUCCGCCGCGACCCCAGCAGCGCAGCGGAGCGAAGUUGCACUCCCGCCGAGCAGCGUGGAAGACCAGAGGACAGCAAGUGGCGCGGAUAGCACGGAUCCCAUGGAGGGAGACAGUAGUUCCGGGAGCAAAAAGUCUUCGGGAGAUGAACCAGCCGACAGUCUAGUUCCUUUCGCAAACAACUACGAACAAGUCAAAGCACAAGCUGACGAAGGAACAGGAGAUGAAGGCGACGAUGUGAGCCUGAUGAGCAGCAAGACGAAGGGCGGUUCCUUCCUUUCUGAGACCGAUGACGACGAUGAAACGGACGAAAUGGCUCGGGUAAAAGCGAGACUUCAUGAGCAAGAAAAAGAAGUGGCCCGACUCCGCACCGCCUUGCACACCAAGGAGCUCGACAAGAGCAAGGAGCAGCUCGAGAGCACGUCCGUUCUGACGGGCGAGGAAACAGAUCCAAGCACCGCAUUAACGUCCAAGAAGAAAACAGAGACAACAGCGAGAAGUACUAGUGAUAAAGUGGUAAAAAAGAAAGCGUCGGCAGCAGCAUCCUCUUCCGCCGUCCUGAACGAAAAGGUCAUCGCAAGAGUUUCCGCAGACGCCUCGCCCCCAGACCCGCCGGCGGCCGCCUACCCGAACGGAAACAGCACAAUCUGUGCAAAACAGGACUUCCAAGAUAUGGGCUGCUGGACUGCAGCGUCUGGUGCUGAUCACGCGUUCCCGGAUAACGAAAUUACUUUGCAGAGUAUGAAUCUCGUAUACAAUGUAACUAUGCCCCCGCCCUCAAAUUUUUAUCAGUCUUGUGCAGUAGAUGUAGGAGAGAGACAGCACGACAUCAUCUUCAUUAUGAAGAGCAACGGGACCACCACCCAUCCAGAGCACCGUGACAAAAUUUUUGGACGGAGGCGUAGUUGCGUGACGGCAUACUGAGCCGCUAAUGAGUCCUUCGUUACCGCUUGUGCCGAGUACUGUUCCCUCGAUGCUACCUUGGGAGACAAGAAAGUAGUGGACGGGCUCUACCCCUACGAGUUCAUCGGCAUUCAGGGUGGAGGCAGUGCGGGCGAUACCGAGCUGAAGUGUUACUGCGGGGACGAUGUCACGAGCGCGACUGGCAUCUACCGGUUUGGAGAAAUGGGCAACUGCGACGUAUGCGCGGACCGCGAACAGGACAAGACUCUUGGCCUCAAGUGUGGUUCCUCGGAUGCCGUCAGCAUCUUUCGCAUCAGUAUUUACAGCUACGCUUUUUCUUCAUGGUUAUUCUACUUCUAGGUUUACGCGCUCGCCUAAAGAAGUAGGAAUGCAGCGGUUGGUGAUGUAUCUAUGUCAUAUGAAUUGAACUUCAUCUUCUAUCGAUAAGGACAAAGUCUAAGAAAGUUGGAAAAAUCACGCACCAUGCCUACUACUUAUGUCCUUGUGGAUGAAGACAUCAGGCGAGAUGGGACGGACGAGGGUGUCAGACGUCGAAGAGGCGACAAAUAAAUAUGCAGCAAAGUUGUUUAGCAUAAAUAUGCACAACGCUACCUGGACAUAAUUCUAAUUGUAUUGUUCUCACUCCUACACCUACAGCCCCGCCGUUCGAGGUAAAUCAGACCAGUGGAAAGAAAUUUCGUUCGCUGCCUGUCAAGCUCCUGAAGAAGUACGAGACGCAAGUAUUCGAGGAUCGACCUUUUCUGAUGGAGUCGUGGCCGUCGCAGCUGGACCCUCUGUGCCGCUAUCUGCAGCUGCCUAACGACGACGCAGCCACGCCAAGCUACGCGAUACAGACCUCUUUGGACGUACAGGAGCUGUUUCAUCACGAUGAUUAGUAAAGUGAUUCCUAUUUUUGGAACCAGCACAAGAAAAAAAGAAGGCGUGAGGUGGACAGAUGCUUCUUCAGAUACCUGAGUCGUGCUUCCGCAGACUCCGACUUUGUGAGGAUGAAAAACAAAAUCAAACAAAAUCAGUUUACAAACAUGGAUAUGACCGUUUACGUUGAUUUGUGGGACUCGAUCCAGCACCCGAACACAGGGCAUUUCGGGUGGACUAAGUGGCCAGAAAAAGUGCGGUGGAACAAACGUGCGGCUAUCCCGAUGGGCCUGAAGUUCAAUGACAGCGGCGUCACCUUCCAGGGUCCGGUGUACCAGAGGAAUUAUUUUCGCGGUAAGAAGACGAUUUUAUGAUGGACGACAUUCAUUUAUUUUGCUUUUGCAGAACCGUGACUUCGCGCUAGCCUUGAGCAAAAAUCAAGUAGGACGAGCUAGAAGAUGUUGAUCCAAAUGAAAUGUUGCAAGAUUUACUCCCGCCCUAAACUAACAGGGACCACAGCGCUGCUGUACGGAAACGAUGGCAGCGGGCAUGGUACCUACGCCGUGUUUGUGUGCCCCAAGAAGCCGUAUGCAGACAAUCCGUUCGGGAACGUAUCGCAAGAAAAAGUGUUACAGUUACACAUUGUCAUGCAAGACUGGCAACAGAGACAACCUUUCUCAUGCGGGAAAUGCUUCCGAGCCUCUUUUCCUUCCUGUUUUCCCUUAGGAUCUUCGCAUUACAAGUUUUCUCUGCCACACAGAGAAAAUUUGUGAUGCAGAAACUCCAACAAGUGUGUAACUGUAACACUUUUUUCUCGUGAUAGAACGCAGUGAUGAUACAGUACAUGGAGCACACCGUGAAAAACCGGUUUCAAGAUUGCGGCAAGGCCACCGCUAUCAAAUGUAAAAAUGUCUGGGUCUGGAAGAAUGCAACUUGUCAUGGUAAAUCUGAAGCUUGCAAAAAUCUGUGUUGCAUGAUUACCAAAAGUCGUCCAGUUUUGGCCAAGUCGGGCGGGAGUUUCUCAUGCAGCAUAGGCAUGAGAGAGAGCGCACAGAAUCUGUCAUGCUAGGUCCUGCAUUCCAGACCUCAUUGGUCAUGGAAAAGCUGCAUGACAAAUCGCGCACGUGAUGUGGUGCAGUCGGGUAUGCAUGACAAAUCGCGCACUCUUCCAGAACCAGACAUUUUUGCAUUUGAUAACCGCCAACGUCGAAGGCAUCAAGUUUCUGGAACGUUUCGAGAACGAAACGGAAAUGGGGAUUUUAACGCGCUGCGGGCAGCAUUGUGGAUUGACGUCCCAAGUCGGCUGCGGGGGAUUUGUGUACGUCUUCAAUUCCAGCGCCACCGAAACCGAGCCCGUCGGGAAGUGCCUUUUCAGCAACAGCACCGAGAUCUCAGAACAGGCCUGCAACCCCUCGGACACCCGGCGAUCCUUCCAGCGUUUGAAUGCCGUUAUCUCCAUCGACAACUUUGGUUCUGUGCCGCGCCCCGAUGUUCCAUGA